AUGAAUGUCGCCCACCAUCAUGCACGAGUUGCUGCAGCCAAUGCCAGGGCCGCAAACAACGGCGCCAACGACGGUACCUCGAACGGCGUCAUGGUCGUCAACUCGAUCGACCGUGCUUCCCAGUGGAACAUUAUCGAUAUGGGCGGCAUGCAGAUCAAGAACCUGAGUAGGAACCUGUUCCACUAUCACUUCCUAACGACGCUCUAUCUCAACCACAACAACCUCACGAAUCUGUCAUCGGACGUUUGCAAGCUUGUCAACCUGAGGAUCCUGGAUCUUUCUGGCAACCAGCUCACGGCGAUUCCGCCGGAACUGGGCCUGCUGGUUCAGUUGCGAGACCUGAGGCUCUUCGAUAAUGUUCUGUCCACGGUCCCGUUUGAGCUGGGAUUCCUGUUCCAGCUGGAGAUUCUCGGUCUGGAGGGCAAUCCGCUGCAGGAGCCGCUGCUGGGCAUGGUCCAGAAGGAAAACACUGCCACCAUCCUUGCCUACAUGCGAGACAACUGCCCAAUGGGUCCCCAGCCGCCGGAACGAGAAUGGAUUCCGCUGGAAGACGAAGCUACUGCGUCCUCAAGCUCGAGCGAUACCUUUACGGUUCUGUCCUACAACAUCCUCUGCGAGAAGUAUUCUCCGCAGCAAUCAUAUGCCUACACGCCAUCAUGGGCGCUGGAGUGGUCGUACCGGCGAGAGCUGCUCAUCCAGGAAAUCUUGAACUACAACCCCGACAUUGUGUGUCUGCAGGAAGUAGAGCUCGGACAGUAUGAGGACUUUUUCCGCGAGCAGCUCAGCCAGCACGGGGAAUACGAUGGCGUCUUCCAUGUCAAGUCAAGGGCCCGUACCAUGGCUGUCAGUGAUCAGCGCGGCGUUGACGGCUGUGCAACUUUUUACAAGAACUCCAAAUUCACUCUGAUCGACAAGAGCCUGAUCGAGUACCAGCACUACGCCAUGAAGCGCCCGGGCCUCCGCGGCAGCGAGGACGUCAUCAACAGAGUCAUGAUCAAGGACAACGUCGCCGUGGCGAUUCUGCUGGAGACAAAAGAAACACACCAGCGCCUCGUCGUUGCCAACACGCAUCUGCACUGGGAUCCUCAGCACCGUGACGUGAAGCUGGUGCAGACGGCGAUCCUGAUGGAGGAGCUACAGCGCAUCAUCGGCACAUACUCUCAGUCCGGCAAACAGGCGAACGGCGCCGGCGGCAAGGCCGGCCAACAGUCCCCACUGCCCUUGAUCCUCUGUGGCGAUUUCAAUUCGAUGCCCGACAGUGGAGUCUACGAGUAUCUCUCGAGCGGCCAGCUCAGCCACGACCACGAAGACUUUGGAACAUACACCUACUUGCCCUACACGGCUGAUGGCCUGAACCACAAGCUGCUGCUAAAAUCCGCAUAUGCUCCCAUCGAGAACGAACUGGAAUUCACAAACUACACACCCGGAUUCAAGGGUGUGAUCGACUACAUCUGGUAUUCUUCCAACACCCUCACCGUCACGGGACUGCUGGGAGGUGUCGACCGCGAAUAUGUAACCAAGCAGGCGGUCGGAUUCCCGAACAGCUACCAUCCAUCCGACCACAUUCCCCUGGUGGUUUCCGUCCGAAUCAAGAGCGCCAGCGGCGGAGGCAACCCCAACGCGGCCAAAACCAUCAAAUUCAAAUAA